AUGGUCGAUCUCGUAAACAUGUCAGAGCUCCACUCCGACCCCAGCUCCCAGCUGCAUGCCGCUCGCCGGGCAGCAAUCCAGCCUCCGCUGCUCGUCGCAACUCGAUUUAACCCGCCUGGGAGCUCUGCGCGCUACGAGGGAUUCGUCAUGGACGCGCCUGGCGCAAGGGCGAAUGAGGAUGCCGUCAAGAGCACCUCGGAGCGCGAUGCAUCUACGGCGAGAAGCCUAUCCCCCUCCGACACAACUCAAGACGACCACGAACAGCGUCAACAAAGCGGUGAAAGCAGUGAUGGUGAAUCCGAAGAUAGCGAUCGAAUAGUGGAGGAGGAGGAGGAAGAAGAAGAAGAAGAAGAAGAAGAGAGGAUGACGAACCCCGACUCAAAUAUGCAUAUCUUACCAAGCACCUUGGAUCGGUAUAUCGCAACGGGGACGCAACCAGUACAUUUCUUGUGGCAGGCGACAAGAUGGUGCGUCUCCAACUCUAUCGUCGGAACUCACAAUGGAGUCAUUCCUCUUCGUGUAUACCAAGCGCAUUCAGCAAGCGUUACUUCCAUUUCCAUAUCGCCAUUCCCACCACCGUUGUCGAACCUUAAGCCCGAGGACGCCGGCAAACAAACCGCAGACGACCACGGACCUUUAACGCGAACAUCAACCAGCUCCGGCAGCAUUCGAGGUCAUCCACGGCCGAAUCACAAUGGUUCAAUUCCAGCUACCCCUUCUAAUUCCAUAUAUAUCGCGUCUGCAUCCAUAGAUGGAAAUGUGUGCAUAUCGUCUUUAGUCGACCCCAAGGAUAUUCUGAAAAGGAACUUCGGUCGGCCUGUCCAGGCCGUCGCCCUCUCCCCCGGAUACAAAACUGACAGAACAUUCAUUUCAGGAGGGCGAGCUGGCGAGCUCGUUCUGACAGCCGGGGGUCGGAUCGGGGUUAGCUCAAAUGCCACCACAAUGGGAGGGGCAACAGCUGCAGCGUCAAGUUGGCUUGGGUCGAUGGGCCUGGGCGCCAAUAGUGGUAAAGAUACUGUACUACACAGUGGCGAAGGCACUAUUAGUACCGUUCGGUGGUCUCUCUCAGGGAAAUAUGUCGCCUGGGUGAACGAAGAGGGCAUUAAAAUCAUGCGAUCGAACUUGCAUCUCGAGUCCUCCGAGCAUGAAUUCGCAUGGAAGCGAAUUAGUCACAUCGAUCGCCCGAAUCGACCAGGUUGGGAGGAAAUGGCCAGCGUUUGGAAAGCGCGUGCGGAAUGGAUUGAUCAGUCUGCCUUGGACAAUGAUAAUACUCUCGACCCCAGCGAUGCAACAAACCGACAAAACUCCUCAUCAAAUCCUGUAUCUGAGAAUUUUGAGAAGUUAGUCGUUGGCUGGGGAGGCAGUGUGUGGGUCAUCGAUGUAUUCCCAGACCGUGCGAACAAAUCCUCAAAAGGCGAGAAAUAUGGUUCCGCCGAAGUGGCUACAAUAUUGCGAACAGACUGUGUAGUUUCUGGCCUUUCGAUGUACUCACCUCGUCUUCUUGUCGUUCUUGCAUUUAUUGAGAUUGAAGAUGGAUCACCCGACUCUAACCGUCGAGGUUCUGGCCGUGGCCAUCGCCAGAAGGGGCUGGAGCCCGAACUUCGUAUCAUCGAUAUUGAAACCAAGGAGGAGCUCAGCGCUGACACACUAUCUGUCAGUCGUUUCGAAGGGUUGGCUUCGUCAGACUAUCAUCUGAGCGUCCUGCCUCCAUGGAAAACUCCGGAGGGGCAAGCGGUCCAACGAGGGGCUCUUGGAGCUCUUGGCCAUGGUCUUCUGGAUGCCACUAUGUAUUCAGCUCGUUUGUUCAGCUCUGGUGCUAGUAUCCGCAGUACUACAAGCAGCGGCGACAAGAUCUCUGGUAGAGGCCCUCCAUCUUUCAUCUCCAGAAACCUUUCUGGCGAAGAACCUUUAUCCAAAGAAGUCCAAGAUGUCUCAGGAGCAUCAGGCGCCAAGAUAUUCAUACAUAGCCCGUUUGAUUGUGUUGUUGCCGUCAAAAGAGAUCUUUCAGACCGAAUCUCUUGGCUCGACUCCCACGGCAGAUUUGAAGAAGCAUGGAAUCUCGUUGAUGAGAAUCCCGAAGCGGCGAAUUCAUCUCUUGAGCUACCAGAAAUCAUCUCUGGGUCUGUGCAAUCUCAGAGCAGCCUAGGCGAAUUCUUUUCUGACGACCGAUCAUCCGUUAUGACCGCUGGUGGGGCAAAUAUUUCUGCUGCUGACCGAGAGAAAGCCCGACUUGGUGAACGCUGGGUUGAACAGCUCGUUAGCGAAGAGAAAUGGGGUGAAGCUUCAGAGAUCUGCGGCAAAGUGCUAAAGAAUUCCUCCCGGUGGGAGCACUGGGCAUGGGUAUUCAUCAAGAAGAACCGAGUUGAUGAGAUCACUACACAUAUUCCAGUCGACUUACACCCUUCGCUUUCAACUUCGAUUUACGAGUUCAUUCUCAAACACUACAUUUCGCGAGACCUUAACCGGUUUAAGGAACUGGUUGAUACCUGGCCUUCAGAUAUAUUUGACCCUAACGAUAUAACCUCUGCGAUCCAGGUUCAGCUUAAGUCAGACUCUAUAAGAGUCGAGUCCGAGGAAUGGCGUAUUUUGACUGAUUGCUUGGCUAAGCUCUUCCUGGUGGGAGGCCACUAUCGUGAAGCUCUACAUUGUUACAUCCGUUUGCAGGAUGCAGAUGCAGCUAUGUCUUUGGUUCUAGAGCAUCGAUUGGUAGAUGCUGUAUCUGAUGACAUCCCGGCCUUCGUCAAGCUCCGUGUCUCUAAAGAACAAUUGAGGUCCCCGUCAACCCCAAUAUCUCAGCUGGAAGAGUUAACCGCGGAACCGAUUCAACUCCUUGCUAGUGAAGCCUAUACUGGCAUUGUACCACCCAACGAGGUGGUAUCGCAGCUGCAGUCUUCGAAUCGUCUUUUAUUGUAUUUCUAUCUUCGUGCACUAUGGCGUGGCGAGUCGCUCCCACAUGAGGCUUCUAAGCCUCGACGGGGUCGUGGAGCUAAUGCGCGUGAUGCUGCCAGCAAAUUGGCUGCCGAUGAAGGAAAAGCACUAAUUGAUAACUUCUCCGACACGGCUGUCGAAGUUUUUGCAGGCUAUGAUCGACCUCUUCUCAUGGAAUUUCUGCAAACCAGCAUCUCCUACAACUUCGAGGGUGCUAUUUCGAUAUGCAUGGAUUCACACUUUACCGCCGAACUGAUAUAUCUGUAUUCAAAGACGGGCCAGACAAAGCGAGCCUUGAAUCUGAUCUUGUCGGACUUGAAAGAUGUGUCACAAGCGAUCUCCUUUGCGAAAUCGCAAGAUGAUCCUGAUCUCUGGGAAGAUCUUCUCGAUUAUUCGAUGGACAAACCGAAGUUCAUCCACGGACUGCUUGUCGAAGCGGGAACAUCAAUUGACCCUAUCAAACUUGUUCGUCGUAUCCCAAGUGGGCUUGAGAUCGAGGGUUUGCGUGAUGGCCUUACUCGAUUGAUCCGAGAACAUGAUUUGCAGGACAGUAUCAGCCAAGGCGCAACACGUGUCAUGCAAGGCGAAGUGGUACAGGAUAUGGACAAGCUGUACAAGGGCCGGCGUCGUGGAAUUAAAUUCAACAUUGCCGAAGAUGAUAUAUCCGAAAAGAAAGAUACCGUGUCCAACGUGAAUGGCUCUGUGAAGUCAUCAAGUCUCGGGCAAGGGAAGUGCGGCGGUUGUCAUACCCCCUUCGAAGCCAACGAACGUGAAACCCUCAUCGGCUUUACUUGUGGCCAUGUCUUCCAUUUAUCGCAUUUGCAUUCAGACGCAUCACGCCCUCAAUCUGAUACAGGAAGCCCUGAACGACAUGCAGACCGCACCCCUCGAGCCUCAUCACCUGUCAAUGAAGAUUCCUCUGUAACUGCUUCUCGCAUCGUCGGUCGCAAGGUGUUAACAGCACGUCUCCUGCGAGAUAAGAUUGGGGACGGUUGUCGGAUUUGCGCUCUUACGAGGAAAAUUGAAUCCCUUGGCAGCGAGAGUGAGGUAUAA